AUGACUCCCUCCACACCCACACCCACAACCAACAAAACCAAAACCCAAACCAAAACCACAACCACCACCCAAACUAUACCCAGCAACCCCCGCCUCUCCUCCCACCACGCCCCCCUAACCUCCCUCUUCUCAGACAUCAACGCCUGGGCAACCCAAUGGGCGAACCCAACCUUCACCCCUUCCCCAACACUCACCACCACCCUCCGCGCCUUCCUCCCCAACGGCAGCCUAACCCGCUGCUCGUCCGCCAUCCUGCACCACCGCCCCACCACCACGCUCCUCCUCUCCGCCAUCGUCGCCAAAAUCCUCACAAGGCACUGCCUGUGCGAAAGUUUCCUGUUCCACUCCGGCCACGACGCGGGGAGGGUGCUGGACGGUUGGUUCGCGGCGCAGGCGACGCUGGAAGACAAGACGCGGUUCCUCGAGGCGCAGGCCGAGGAGUUUGAGCUCGUGGCGGGGAAGGACGGGUUCGCGACGUGGAGGCGGGAGGCGUGUGAAGUGUUGGCGAGGGAGACGGCGAGGAAAGUGCGGCCGCUUAUGAGGGUGUGGCCGGAUACGCUGGCGUUUGAACCCGGGACCAGGCAGUUCUGCAUCACGUUGGAAGAAAUUUUCAUGAAGGGGUUUGAGAUUGGGUUUGGGAUGAAGGCGGGGAGGGACGAGAGGUAUGAUGUUAGGUGGGUAAGGGACUCGGUGACGUUUGUGCCCGAGGAGAUGGUGGAUGUGGUGCCUGGGGCGUAUAAGGACGCACCGUUAAGGGAGCCGGAGAGCUUUCGUGUUAGGUGGUGUGUCGCGCCUGUCGUGAUCAGGGGUUCGAUCGUGGAGGAGGAACUGGAAGGGGGUAGCCGUCAGCGGGUAUGGAAGGAGGAUGUGCUAUGCAAAGCGAAGGUGUUUCUCUUCAAGUGAGAAGAGGGACCAGGAAACUAUCAGAAGCCGGGAGACAAUGGCUUCAGAAAUCACAUGGCGUU